AUGGAUACUAAGUUCAAGCUCUUUGAUGAUGAUGAAAAGUCCGAUGCCAAUGCGCCUCCAUCGUAUAAUGCAGUUUCCAUGUCCCCAAUAUCAGGAGAUUCCGUCAAAUGCAGGCCACCAUCUGUAUUUUCCAAGGAACAGACCAAGCAGAUACGUACCACCGUUCUAUCUCUCAUCCGUGAUGUUGUCACCACGCCGGAUUUUGUCCCUUCCUCUGUUGGUCCAAUUUUCGACGCCUGCGCUGCUUCUAUCCCAGCCGGAGAGUUCUCAGACAUCCUUCAAGAAUCCAAUAUUGAGGGUCACACACCCUUGUAUUGGGCCAUCGUGAAUAGCCGUCCAGAAGCUAUUUCGGCUUUGUCAUGUAUGGUGACUAGCGACCAUGCAUUGUUCAUGAAGCUGAAACUAACAUCCUGUUCUUGUUAUCCGACUGAGAUUCAGGUGUACGGAGGAGAUAAACAGAACGAGUUCACUGCCAAAAUGCAAAUCAGGAUGUUCCAGACACGCAUGCGCGUUGCACAGGAAAUGUGCGUGGAAUUGAUUGCGCAAGGACGCAUAUGGGGCUUGUUGUUCCAUAUAGGGGUUGAUGCGAGAUGGAAAGUCAGCCUUUAUCUUGCAAAGCAUAGCUUGCCGGCAUGUCCAGAAGCUCUACUUACGGUGCAGCCCCGGAACGAGCAACAUCAAGCUCUGGAGAUGCAGUUCAAAUUGGAGAAGGGUUGUUUUCUUGUGCCUCGAGGAUACACGAACUAUUCUAUGCGUACUUGCACGUACAUCUCUGCUUCGUUGGGCGAUUGGCUGAUGUUCAAACUCCGAUGGCACCUUGCAUGCAACAUUGGAGGUGACAUCACAGUAGUACUGGCUGACAGUGAGAUCAGGAGACCCGUGAUGAUGCAGAAGCUUGAGAUGGUCAGAUAUGUCACCAUCUCACAUUUUUUUGUCCAAUGUGAACAAAAUGUGAAUGAGUCAACAUCAAGUUACAUAAGUGUCACAACUGCGGCCUAUCAUACAAAAUCGGUACUAAGCCUGAAGAAAAUUACUGCCUCCGAUUACCUUACAUGCUUAGGAUUGGAUCUCUUCAUGUCGGAUACCCAACCAGCUCACCACACAAAACACCUGCCUGUUCUCGCAUAUCCAGCUAACAAUGUCGUAUUCCAUCUUGUUCAGCGAGAUGACGGUAUAAGCAACGGAACUGCUCUGUGGCUCGGUGCCCAAGUCCUAUCCGUCUACCUUUCUGCCGAAUUCAAGGGCAAAUCCAGGACUAUCGAGACCGGAACACAUAAUAGUGCUUCAGUUCUGUACGACACAGCACGCCCUAAGGCCAUAGAACUGGGCAGCGGGAUUGGCCUCAUGGCUCUUGCGCUCGCAUCUAUAGGAUAUGAUGUACUUGCCACUGAUACCAUGCACGUUUGUGCCUCCGUUCUGCGUUCCAACAUCAAUGCAAAUGCGCAUCUCGUCCCUGGGCAUGUCCAUGUGCGUGAGCUGGACUGGGGUGUCGACCCUAUGGGAUGGAAAUGGGACGAUCACGUAUCAAUCACAUCGCCAACACCUUUGUCAAAGAAGGGCGAUGACAAUUGCGAUUUCCUCGCCCCGCCAUUUGAUCUGAUUGUGUCAAGCGAUACGAUCUAUGAUACGGCACUUGUUGCUCCUCUAUUCGAGACAAUCCGUGCGCUCUCUGCUCUUUCAUCCACCUUUCUCUCCCCGCCAUCUUCACUUUCCGGUGUUGAAGCAUCACCUGUACCCCCUUCCAAAUCCCCUGAAACUCCAACCUGCAAGCCUCCAGUCAUCUACCUUGCCGUUGAGAGGCGCGACCCCACACUCAUCACGGCCGCAUUUAGACGUGCUGGUGAGGAGUGGGGACUUUUGUUCCAGCGCGUCCCCGAGAAGAGGCUAAGGCGUGCCGGUGUUGGUGUAGGAUGGGACGCUGGGGAGUGGGAGGGCGUGGAGGUAUGGCGUGGAAGGUGGGAUGGGGUCACUAGGGCUGACAAGUAA